AUGCAGAAAGGUAGAGCAGAAAAUCAAGCGACCGCAACUUUCUCAAGACGAAGCAAUGAAUUUCAGGUGAAAUGUUCAAAUAACUCGAUUUAUUCUGUUGAUCCAGUAUAUUCGUUUAUUGGUCCCGGUUGUUCAGUUCCGGUCAAAAUCGUCAGGUGUAUUGGCGCUCGAACCGCUGAUAAACUCGUAUUCGUCACUGCAGUGGCAAGUUUUUCUGACUCGCAUUUUAUAAAUACAGCUGUACAUGCAAAAGAUGAUGCUAAAGAUGCCAAGACAUUCUUCGAAACUGUUGGUGUUCCUCCAAAGUCACCCAUCACUCAUUCGAAAGAACGUGAACAAGAGGAACUACUUGCAGUUUAA